UGUAUGUCUCACACCUUACACAGGUCUCCGCUUUCCUUUGUUACGUCUUGCUCUGCAUGUUCUUACGAAAUAGUUUCUGUGGUUGCUUUAAAAUAGUUUCUGUGGAACCUAGUAGAGGCUACACACUCUAGGUAGUGAUGUAAGGGAGACCUCUCCUCGUCACGUCCAGCUAAUGAAAGAAAGAUUGUCUUCCUUUAAUAAUGACUCAGCGUACUUGUUACUGCACGAUGUAAAUGCUAGUUCGGACUAUGGUUCCACAGGCAAUAGUGCUCCCUCAGUCACAGUCAGCUACCCAGUUGAUGAGGAUGAUACUUUGAGUGAUUCUAAUAGUUAUUCAAAAAAGGAGGACUACGAUUACUCCCUUCACUACUUCCGAGCUGAUCCAGAUAAACGGAUAGACUUUGUUCUCUCAUAUAGAGAAGUGAUAGAGGAUCUAGAAGAAUGCGGAGAGAAAACUCCCAUCCAGAAGACGGGAAAAGAACUUGACGCUAAGAAGAAAAGGAGGAUCUUUGAAGAAAACCUUGAGAGGAAGGGACUUUCUAUUGAACGCGAAACAUAUGACAAGAAUGAGGGUUCGGACAUUAAGAGGAUUGUUUACGUGAAGGUUCACGCAACCAAGCAGUGCCUUUUCGAGUAUGCAGAACAUCUGCAAGUCAAGAAGCUGCUAAAGAUAGAUCCUAUGAAGAUAUUUAGAGAUGAGUAUAAGGAGGAGAGGAGUUGGUUUGAUUGGAAGCUCUUCUCAUCUCUACACAGGGGUGAAAAGUUUUACAAAGAUGAGAUAUGGGAUGAAAUGAAGAAUCACAAGAUCAGUGCAAGAUUCGCUCAAAACAAAGCUGAAAGGUUCAUAAACCACGACGAGCCGGGAUUCUUUACCACGGGGGAGAGGUCUUACAUCGUCUCCUACAUUCUAGAAGAGACUCCUUUUACAGAAGAGAAUAAAUCCGGUCAGAAAGAUAACGUCGGUAUAGAGUAUCUGCUGCAAGAUGAUGUUUAUUCCGCCUGGUAUCCUCUCCAUGAUGGACCUUAUGAGUUGCCCAAUGUGGAAGAUCGGCCCGAGGAUGAGAAAGUAUUCCUUAACGACAGACAGGUUCUGAGCAUGUUCUGGUCGGAUUGGGGGAGAUGGUACAAGUACCAGCCUCUCAACAGAGUCAGAAUCUACUUCGGAGAUACUGUCGCCAUGUACUUCGCCUGGCUCGGUUUUUACACAAAGUUACUGAUAGUUCCAGCGGUUGUUGGUAGCAUUGUCUUCGCCUACGAUAUCUACUCCAUCAUCGGCAACGAAGUUGUUGACGCGGUGUGUGAUGAAAACAGCAGCAAUACUGAAGCGCACUCCCCAAUAUGCCCCGCUUGUGAUGAAGAGUGUGAUAUCGUGGACCUCAAAUCAUUUUGUAAUCUAUUUAUGGUGGCGAACGCGUUUAAUAACGGGGGUUCAGUAUUCUUUGCAAUAUUCAUCUCCUUUUGGUCUGCGUUCUUCCUGGAGUUCUGGAAACGCUACCAGAUAACUUUAGCGUUCCUCUGGAGCAAAGCUGACUUUACGGACGCCCAGGAACCGGCCAGACCUGAAUAUGCGGUCACGUGCGAGGAGGACGACGUCAGGUUUAAUCCGAUCACGUUACGAUUUGAGCCGUACCGAGAGCCGAGUAUUUUCAAAACUAUCACAGCUGUAUCUGUUGUCAUCAUCACAGUUAUUGUAGUCAUUAUAACCCUGAUCUCUAUCAUUAUCUACAAAAUAGCGGUGUACUCUAUAUUCGACCACAUGUCUAACGGAAGCCUGAAACCCUACGCUGCUACGUUAUCAUCUGUCUCAGGGUCUAUACUACAACUUAUAGCCAUUACCGUCCUAUCUCAGGUCUAUGCUUGGUUGGCGGAGAAGAUCACUCUUUGGGAAAAUUAUCGAACAGAAACUGAAUUCCAGAACAAUCUGACUGUUAAAAGAUUUAUCUUUGAGUUUUUUAAUUACUACGGCUCAUGUUUCUACAUCGCAUUUGUCAAGGGAAAUUUCGCUGGUACUCCGUACAACUACACGCGGAUAUUCGGAAUACGUUUGGACACGUGUGGUCCUGGUGGGUGUCUAGGAGAGUUAGCUGAGAACUUGGCCAUUAUCUUCCUUGGUAAACAGAUCAUGAACAACUUCCAGGAACUCCUCAUACCUAUGAUGAAGAGCUGGUGGUCACGGAGAAAGUCUAAUCAAUAUCAGUCGGGUACUGAUAAAGAACAGAUAUCAAUAUCCAUGACCACACCAUGGGAGGCUGAUAACGAUCUGGCUGAGCAGGAGAACCUUUUCCCAGAGUACUUGGAAAUGGUUAUUCAGUACGGUUUCGCAACAAUGUUUGUUGUUGCUUUCCCUGUAGCCCCACUAUUUGCUCUCAUAAAUAACGUGGUGGAGAUUAGACUUGAUGCUAAGAAAUACACAGAACUACUCAAGAGACCAAUACCUAUCAACUGCAUGAGUAUAGGAAUUUGGUAUGGAAUCCUGGACUAUAUGGCCUCAAUUGCUAUCAUUACAAAUGCGUUCGUCAUUGCAUUUACAUCAGAUUUCGUUUCUCAAAUCCUGUGGAAAUAUAACCAUGACGACGGACUCGCAACAUACGUUAAAGGUCAUUUGUCUUCCUUUACGGGUCCUAUUUUAAAUGAUCUAGGGGAAGAAGUGAUAGACACUUGCAAGUACUGGGAUUACAGACUAGAAAAGGGUGAAACAUCUUUGUGGUGGUGGAAACUUAAAGCUGUCCAGUUUAUAUUCGUUGUAGUGUUCGAGCACUUCGUGUUCACUAUAGUGAGGUUGAUAGACCUGCUGAUACCUGAUGUACCUGAGAAGCUGGAGGCUCUUAUUCAUCUGGAAGACAGUUUUGCCAGAGAGAUGAUGAAGGAAGUCAUCGAGAUUGACCUCGAAAAGCUUGAAGACGUCCGAAACCGCGUAAAAGUCAAAAAGAGACAGCGACAGAAAUAUGACUGAGCGUCAUUCCUUACUGGACAGUUACCAUCCAUACCUGCGGAGCUGAAAGAAAGCCAGAUCUUUACCCAUUUAACAGACUUGACGAUGAACUUUGAAUUUAAUCUUCUUACUGGUUUUAGGAUUUGGGUUCAAUAUAAUCGGGAUUAUACUUGUGAACUUGUGCUCUUUUUAUCAGUAGAUAUACCCCUUGUGUAUAUCACCCUCUGGGGUGUAUGUGUUGCUUCUGACUUAUCAGUAGUGUUACACUGACUAGUGACUAUCAGCAGUGUUACACUGACUAGUGACUAUCAGCAGUGUUACACUGACUAGUGACUAUCAGCAGUGUUACACUGACUAGUGACUAUCAGUAGUGUUACACUGACUAGUGACUAUCAGCAGUGUUACACUGACUAGUGACUAUCAGCAGUGUUACACUGACUAGUGACUAUCAGCAGUGUUACACUGACUAGUGUUACACUGACUAGUGACUAUCAGCAGUGUUACACUGACUAGUGACUAUCAGCAGUGUUACACUGACUAGUGACUAUCAGUAGUGUUACACUGACUAGUGACUAUCAGCAGUGUUACACUGACUAGUGACUAUCAGCAGUGUUACACUGACUAGUGACUAUCAGCAGUGUUACACUGACUAGUGACUAUCAGCAGUGUUACACUGACUAGUGACUAUCAGCAGUGUUACACUGACUAGUGACUAUCAGUAGUGUUACACUGACUAGUGACUAUCAGCAGUGUUACACUGACUAGUGACUAUCAGCAGUGUUACACUGACUAGUGACUAUCAGUAGUGUUACACUGACUAGUGACUAUCAGUAGUGUUACACUGACUAGUGACUAUCAGCAGUGUUACACUGACUAGUGACUAUCAGCAGUGUUACACUGACUAGUGACUAUCAGCAGUGUUACACUGACUAGUGACUAUCAGCAGUGUUACACUGACUAGUGACUAUCAGCAGUGUUACACUGACUAGUGACUAUCAGCAGUGUUACACUGACUAGUGACUAUCAGCAGUGUUACACUGACUAGUGACUAUCAGCAGUGUUACACUGACUAGUGACUAUCAGCAGUGUUACACUGACUAGUGACUAUCAGCAGUGUUACACUGACUAGUGACUAUCAGCAGUGUUACACUGACUAGUGACUAUCAGUAGUGUUACACUGACUAGUGACUAUCAGCAGUGUUACACUGACUAGUGACUAUCAGCAGUGUUACACUGACUAGUGACUAUCAGCAGUGUUACACUGACUAGUGACUAUCAGCAGUGUUACACUGACUAGUGACUAUCAGCAGUGUUACACUGACUAGUGACUAUCAGCAGUGUUACACUGACUAGUGACUAUCAGCAGUGUUACACUGACUAGUGACUAUCAGCAGAUCAGCAUUAUCUUUAAUCUUUAGGUGUAUGCAUGGUUUCCAAUGAACAUUGAGUAGGUGACGACACAGAAUUCUUAUCGUGAGGUUUAAAAUGAGUAUUCGUGUUUGAGGCACCAUUUUCAGCCAUGUUUUUGUUUUUAACAAACAAAAUUAAGUGGUUGAAUAAUGAAUAUGUGGGACAUCGUAAUGAUUUCAUGGAACUUUGGAUUGAAGAAAUUGACAUUAAGAAUAGAAAAACUUGAA